AUUUUAUUAUAGACUAAUUUGAAUAAUUAAAAUUACCAAAAUUAUAAUACCUGAUUACUGGUGGAUUCAAAAUGAAACCAUAAAUUUGUAGGCGUGCUCGAAAUUAUAAAAAAAUCGUAGAUGUGACUGGAAGUAACCAUAGGGAUACUGGUCCAGCGCCCUCAGAACAGGGGUUGGCUGUACAUUCUACAAAGGGUGGGGAAUAAACUUAAAAGAGGGGAGAGCUUACGUCAGCUAGAAGAGACAUUGUAUAUGCUACCAUCUGAGUAUACUGGAGGGAGAGCAGUAACCAAGCCGGGUUGUCAUCCAAGUCUGUGUUUAAGCCCCGAGUUUGCUUGUACGAAUCUUGAUAGUUUAUGAUGGGCAAUAGUGGAAAUAUAAAAGUAUACUUUUAACUAAAGUGCAACAAUCGGAACAAAAAAUUGUUAUUAUUUGUGUGACUGAAAAUAAAAUAUGAAAAUGUAUUUAUCCGAUUUCGAAAUGUGUUAAGUUGAAAUUAAUCACUAAUUGUUUACUUUAAAAGUAAUUAAACUCAUAAUUAAUUUUUUUAUUUUAAUUAAAACUAUACAAUGUGUAAGGACUAGUUUAUGUAUGUUGCAAUCGAAUAACCCGAGGUUUCUAAAGAAGUUGUUGCACCUGCCGCAACAGCGCUGAGGCGCCACUUCUGAACUGCAUGCGUGCCAGUUAUCCAUCAUGGUUGCAGACGUAACUUUAUCCUUAUUGGUUGAAUGUGAUCACGUGGUAUGGUAAUUGGUGUUCAGUGGGCGGGAACCGACUGGCUUCAUGUGGCGUUCACUACAUGUACGAAGUUGCGGGGAUUACGGUGUGGAAGAUCGUAAACUAACCGAUGAGGAGUUACUGGAAUGAGUGACUGCAUUUAGUGAUUUUUAUCACCAAUAUUUACAUGAGUGUAUAUUAAACAAUAAAUAUUUAAUACACUACAGGAUAAAAAUACGUUUAUAGUGAAAUAAUGACUCAUAGUGUUGUGUUGUGCUAUAAUAUGUAAAAAGUAAAAAACUGUGUUUUAGUACGUAUUCUAUUUGGUAGAAUUUUUAAAUGAAAGGUAUAGGUUUUGCUUCAAGUUAAUAAUUGCUUGUGACUAGAAUUUAAGUGUUAAAAUAAUUGUUACUGAUAAUGAAUACAUUUAUGAUGAAUCCAACGACCGGCAAUGGAUAUCAUCAGCAACAUCAGCAGCCUUCUGUACAUCACAUAACUGGAACUUUUGUUGUUGACCCGAAAUUCCCCCCCAGUGAAGAAUACAGUCAAAGUAAUUACAUCCCUUCACCUGGAGGAGACUUUUUUGGUAGUAAUCAUCAUUUAAAUCAUCCCCAGACCAAUCAGUUGCAGUAUGGUUAUCACCAGCAUCACCACCAGGCAACAUCGACUCCUUAUGGAACGGCAUCUGCUGUGCCACUAAAUGGCGGAUAUCCAGGAUAUGGCGGAUAUUAUAGUCCGCACCAUCCUCACCAUCAAGUACAUACAGUUCAUCAUGCAAAUCUUCACCCUCAUCAUCAUGGUAUUGGUGCUCUAGCUAUGCCGCCAGAGGCACAACAACCACCGCUAACUUGUUCAACUUCCUUACAAUCUCAACAACCACAGCAACCGCAGCAGCGGCCUUUAUCUUCCAGUAUUUUAGAAGCUUCGAAUUCGUCGCCUUCUAUUCUGUCUAGUCAUAUACAAACUUCUGAUACUCAACAACAUCCGCAGCAUUUACAACAGUCGCAAUCCCAACAAUCCCAGCAGCAACAACAUGAAAACAAUUCGUGUAGUCCGACGAGACCAGGGUCUCUCCUUCGGGAUUCUUCGCCGGAUUUACAACCGACGCACCACCACCAGGGUCUUGUUCCAAGUUCUCAGCAGCAUCUUACUGAUGAUAAUUCUGAUCUAGAAGAGAUGGAUCAGGAUGAUCCUACAACUGAUGGAUCUCGUGGUGAUGAGGAUGAAGAUGAUGAUGACAAUAAAGACAAGCGAAAGAUUUUCCCCUGGAUGAAGAAAAUUCACGUUGCUGGUGUUCCGAAUGGAACUUAUCAACCUGGAGUGGAAAUAAAAAGACAAAGAACAGCAUAUACAAGGCAUCAAAUUUUAGAACUUGAAAAAGAAUUCCAUUACAAUCGGUACUUGACGAGACGACGACGCAUUGAAAUAGCUCAUUUGCUAGUUUUAUCUGAACGUCAAAUAAAAAUUUGGUUCCAAAACAGACGCAUGAAAUGGAAAAAGGACCAUAAGUUGCCGAAUACAAAAAACGUCAGGCGAAAAAAUGGUUGUGGACAAGUUCAACCAUCAAAACUCUCAAAAGGCUCUGGAAGUCGGUCGAAAUCCAUUAGUGGGAAUAACAACAGUCAUAGAAAACUAAACAAUCUUUCUCCAAUGAGUGGAAUCGACAGCAGCCUUGAUAGCUUAGAUAUAAAAGAUGUUCAUGGAGUCAAUGCUGGUCUUCCUCACCCACAUUCAUCACAUUCAAGUUUUCAAGGACACUCACAUCCACUGAAUCAUCUUCAGGCACAGUUAAAUCGUCAGCAAAUAAGUGGAAUGAUAGAGAGUACUGGUGGUUCAUUAGUGCAUAUUAAUCCUGAAAAUAUUAGCCCUCUUGCACCUGCUAACAGUUCUCCAGAUUUAUCUGUGACAGUACCGCCACCAUCGAUAAAAUCGGAUUAUGAGUUUACAUCUCUGUAACAUCAAAUAAUAUAAGACUGCAAUCGUUGCAUUUGAAGUAUGAUAACUUUAUUAAUGUUAACGAUUUAAAUCACAGUAAGGAUUUCAUUAGUGAGUACAUAAUUAUUUAGAGUAUUUAGAAACACCGGUUAUUUGGUUAUUUAAAAUAAGUUAUUUAUUGAGUAUUCACUUUUAUAACAUAUUAUAAAAGUCUGGUUUAAAAAUUUAUAAUAUGACGCAUUUUACGUCAAGUCGACUAACCUUUUUAAUUGAUCUUUUGUGACUUUGGUAGUUUCUUGGUAUGUUUUCGAAGCUGUUGAAUAGAACUUAUGUAUUCGAAAAUUCGAACUAUUCGCAAAUAUUCGAGUAUUUUGAAUUCAGAGUUUGUUAUGUUCGAUAUUCAAAUAUGAAAUCAACAAUUAAUAUACAUUUUAUUUAAACCAUGAAAUGUAAUUACACGAAUAGAAAAAUUAGUGUGAAAAUUUGCUACUAAUUUUUGUCCAAACGGAAAUUAAUAAUUAUAAAAACCAAAAUGAUUUGAAAAGAUAUCUUGCCAAUAUUAGUAUCUAGAUUUUUUAUGUUACUGAUAGAGAUUAACAUACAUUGAAAUUGAGCAAUUGUUUUCUUCGGGUAAUUGAUUUCUAAUUGAAAUGUAUAUUAUUCGUAAGUAGAAUAUUUUAAUACACGAUGCAAUCGAAUUCAGAUUGGAAACAAUAGACAAUCCAGUGAUAUUUCAAUAAUUUGCGAAUUGUUCGAAAUUUUUCGAAUUAUUCGUCGAAUGUCGAAUAAUUCGAAAAUUCGAAUUAUUUAAUUUGAAUUUCAAAUCGAAUAUUAAGAUUCGAUUCGAACGAUAUUCGUACAUCCCUAGAAAAUAUACAAAAAUUAAUUAAGUCAAUAAUUGUCGAUUAAAAAAGUUAGUUCACUUGACAUCUCUAUCAAAAAUCUAUGUGGGAUUUUAUUCGAAUCCAUGAAAAUCUAUGUAAGAAAUUAUGAAUUUAUAUAGGAAUUUAUGUAGUAAAUUGUCGAUAUGUUGAUGGAUUUAAAGGAAUCCAUGUGCAAGUCCGUAAAUAGGAAUUUAUGCUGGAUUUUCACACUUUUUUGAUAGAGAUGAAAUGCCUCAUAUCUAUGAAUUGAAUAUCUAUCUAUGAAUUGAAAUUGCUCGCAAAUAUGUAACAGAGGUCGAAGCUCGACGAAGUACCUAAGCCAGUAAAAGUCAAUGUAAAAAAAACAAAAAAAUUUAUAAACUAGCUGUACUAUAACUUCUAAGAAACUUCUGUUUGCAAUAGUAAUUAAAUAUUCAGCCAAAGCAGUCUUGAACAUUUUGCAAAAAAAAUUGUUAUCCAAUUUUCUAUUCAUUGGAAAACUAUUUGGCAUAAAAUGAUGAAAGUUGAACAAUUGGGACAUAUUAAUUGCACCGACAUAUCCCAAAAAUACAAAUAAGAUACGCACACCGCAUGCCAUUUAUUUUAGGUGCUGAAUUGUGCUUCGAUCUCCACUAUCUGGCGUAGGAAAUUUCAAAACCAAAUUUUCGAUAGAAAAAAAAAUAAAUAAAAAAAAAAUUCAAGAGUCAAUUCAUGUAAGUAUAAUAAUAUAGAGUUAUGCUUGAAUCAAUGAAUCUUGAUCGUAAAUUUAAUUUGACCAUUUCGACCGUAAGAAUGCAUACUCAGAAUCAUGUGAUUUUAAAACCACUUUGAAAUUGUUACACGGAGAGAAUUUUAUGAUAACAGUUACAAUAUAUUGUGGGAAUGGUUCCCAUAAUGCAUGGUAACCGGUUUUUUUGGAAUGUUGAUUAUAGGAACGGCACCCAUAUAUAUAAUAGUUAUCAUUACUAUAAUAUUAUAGUAAUCGUUACCAUAAUAUUAUGGUAACCGUUACCAUAACAUUAUGGUAACCGUUACCAUAACAUUAUGGUAAUGGUUACUAUAUAUUAUGGUAAUCGUGACCAUAUAAUAUGGUGACCAUAAUAUUAUUGUAAUCGUUACCACAAUAUUAUGGUAACCAUUACCAUAAGAUUAUGGUAAUGGUUAGCAUAAUGUUAUAGUAAUGGUUCCUAUAAUAUUAUGGUUACCAUAAUGAUAUGGUAAUGGUUACCAAAAUGUUAUAGGAACCAUUACUAUAACAUUAUGGUAACCAUGACCAUAUCAUUAUGGUAACCAUUACCAUAUAUAUGGUAAUGGUUACUCUAUAUUAUGGUAACGAUUACCAUAAUGUAUGGUAACCAUUACCAUAUUAUUAUAGUUACGUUUACCAUAGUAUAAUGGGAACGAUUACCAUAAUAUUAUGGUAAUCAUUAACAUAAUUCUUUAAGAUGCGAUAUGGGAACUGUUACCAUAAUGAUGGUAAUUUUCCCCAUACUUAUCGGAACUUUUCCCAGAAAGUAUAGGCUUAUAUCCCAUAAUUCCAAGUAAUCAUUACCAUACCUGUAUAGGAUAAUAUUUCAUAAACGUACUAGGAACAGUUACCAUGAACUCCUCUCCGUGUAGUUUGCCAAUAAAAAUACAUUGUGAACAAUAAUAUAUUUGUAAAAUAAAAAAAAAAGGAUGCCAGUGAAAUUGAAUAAAACGAUAGAAAAGAAGAUUUUAAUACAUGUAAUCGGUUAAAUUUUUUUUUAAGCUCUAAUCAAACACUUAAAUUUUUAUUAAAAUGUGCCAUUUUGCUGAAAAUGUCUAAUGAAAAAUUUAUUAAGUAGGCCAGUUAAAAGAUUGAAAGCAGCAUACCUAAGUUUUAGUAAUAAAGAUAACAAUUGUAAUUUCUUGUGUAAAUUUAUAUUAAAUAAAACAUUGUAUAUAAGACUUUCACUAUUUUUAUGAUAUAAUAGCAAUAUGUUUAUUUAUAUUUAUGAAAAUUAGAAUUAAAAAUGAUUGUGUGGUUAAAAAAAAUAAAAAAGAUA